AUGUCGGAGGAUGACGAAAACGAGUUAGCACACUUGGUCGCAAAGACAGUAGAAGAGGCUGACCGCUGCUUCGAAAUCAUUCGCGAACUCGACCUACCGAUGGAUCUGGUCGACGUUGAGCGUGUAUUCGGCGGAGAACGAAUGGUCGUCUACUAUCUCUCCGAGAACCGAGUCGACUUUCGAGAUCUAGUCAAAAGACUCGCACACGAAUUUCAAACGCGAAUCGAAAUGCGGCAAAUUGGUGUGCGUGACGAAGCGAAGCUACUUGCCGACUAUGGCGACUGCGGGAAACCUGUUUGCUGCAAUACGCAUUUGGUAAAAAUGCCGCCCGUUUCGAUGAAGAUGGCUAAACUUCAAAAAGCGACGUUGGAUCCGAAUAAAAUUUCAGGGCGUUGCGGCAGGUUGAAGUGUUGCCUGCGAUACGAAUACGAUACUUACGAAGAGAAUCGAAAAUCACUGCCGAAAGUCGGUUCGGACAUCGUGACAAAUAACGGACGUGGCAGAGUGCUUGGUCAAGAGUUACUCUCCCGCCAACUGAUGGUACAAAUGGAAGACAAUCGCCGCGUCAUGGUUCACGCGGACGAAGUACUCUCGGUGAUUAAGAAAAAACCGCCGACGAAAAAACCAAAGAAGCCGCCUCGCGACGAAAACCCAAACAACUAA